AUGAAGCUCUCCUGCCUGAUCCUGGGAGCUCUCCUUGUCCUGCUGCUGUCCGGCUGCGGUGCCACCGCCAAGGCCUCGGCCAUCGACCUGCGGACGUUCGUGGGCUGUGCCGUGAGGGAAUUCACCUUCCUGGCCAGGAAACCCGGCUGCCGUGGGCUCAGGGUCACCACGGACGCCUGCUGGGGACGCUGUGAGACCUGGGAGAAACCGAUCCUGGAGCCGCCUUACAUCGAGUCCCACCACCGGAUCUGCACCUACAACGAGACCAGGAUGGUGACGGUGAGGCUGCCCAGGUGUGCCCCUGACGUGGACCCCUUCUACACCUACCCGGUGGCCAUCCGCUGUGACUGUGACAUCUGCUCCACGGCCACCACCGAGUGUGAGACUUACUGA